AUGCUCCGUACUCCGCACGGUGUACAGAAGAGUUACACGUAUGGGCCGAACCCGAACCCGAACCCGAACCCGAAUCCGAAGACGAGUACGUACCCUAACCCAAUCAAAUCGUCCAAGAAAUCAACAGAUCCUGCGACCUCGAACCCUGGACCCUGGAACUCUCUCAGUCUUGCGACAGAGUCGGAGGACCUGCCGCCUGCAUCUAACCAAGAUGUGCCAGCCGAUAGGACUGAGCAAAGGAAAAGUGCAGGGGCCGAUGAUGAUAUGGACGUUUUUUGGGAUGAGCCUGCCGACCAAGAUCCCAAAAAUCCGAUGAACUGGAGCGUAGUGCGCAAAUGGUCCAUCGUUUCAAUGGUUUCCUUUAUCACUUUUCUAACCCCCCUCGCGUCAUCUAUUUUUGCUCCUGGAGUCCCCCAGGUAAUGGCCGACUUUGAUAACAGUUCUACAAUUCUUACGACCUUCGUCAUUUCUGUAUACAUUCUGGGGUUCGCAUUUGGCCCACUUAUUGUGGCACCCUGGAGCGAGUACAGUGGUCGUUUUGUGGUCUACAAUGUAUCUAAUAUGCUGUUUUUCAUAUUCAACAUUGCCAGUGCAUUAGCUCCAAAUCUGGCAUCAUUAGUGGUGUUUCGGUUCUUGGAUGGAGUGGCUGGUGUUACGCCAACAACGAUUGGAAGUGGUACAAUUGUUGAUAUUAUGCCAACAGAGAGUCGUGGUAAAGCUAUGGCGCUCUGGUCAUUGGGCCCGCUCUUUGGUCCUAUUAUAGGACCAGUUAUUGGUGGUUACUUGGUUGAGGUGAAGAGCUGGCGAUGGGUCUUUUGGGUCCUCUCCAUUGCGAGUGGAGCCGCUUCAAUUGUAUUCUUCUUUGUCGUGCCUGAAACCCACACUCCGACCUUAUUGGAAAGGAAAGCCGCAGGACUCCGAAAGAAGACCGGAAAUAUGGGCUAUAAAUCUCGCCUGGACGAUGGAAUACCGACUACAAAACGAUUCCUGGAAAGUUUCGUUCGACCGACGAGAAUGCUGUUGUUCUCCCCAAUUGUGGCGUCGAUGUGCAUUUAUAUUGCUGUGCUUUACGGUCUUUUGUACAUUCUGUUUACCACUUUUACUUUGGUAUUCGAAGGACAAUAUGGUUUCUCUUCGGGGGAAAGUGGCCUUUCUUUCUUGGGCAGUGGGGUCGGGAUGCUACUCGGCCUUCUCUACGCUGGAAUGCUUAGCGAUCGUGAAAUCAAGUUGCGUAUUCAACGAAAGGAGGAUCCCCAGCCAGAAGAUCGACUUCCUUGGUAUAUUGCUAUGCCAGGAUCGCUCAGUAUUCCCGUUGGUCUCUUCAUUUAUGGCUGGUCGGCCGAUAAGCAUAUCCACUGGGUUGUUCCUGAGAUUGGAACUGCUGUGACGGGCUUCGGAAUGAUCAUCACUCUCAUGGGUAUCCAGACCUACCUGGUGGAUGCAUUUACGCAGCAUGCUGCCAGUGCAAUUGCCGCCUGCACCGUUCUUCGGAGCCUAGCAGGUGGCUUGCUUCCUCUUUGUGGACUGAAGUUAUAUGACAAACUGGGGCUGGGAUGGGGAAACAGCCUUUUGGCAUUCCUUGCGUUGGCUAUAUCACCGAUUCCGAUUUUAUUCCACAUUUUUGGAGCGAAGCUGAGGGCUAGAUCCAGCCCUUCAAGAUAG